AUGGUUGCCAUCAAAAACAUUUUCUGCUUCAUCACAGCAGUCACUGCUGCCACUAUUUACCAGCGUACUCCGGCGACUCUUCUCACAGAUAUAACCACCAUCGAUACAAAUGUCAAAGCACUUACGACUGCAGUAGACAACUACAACGGUGGAUUCUUUAACCUGCUUACAGUGAGCAGCACUGAAUCAACUUUGGAAACUUCUAUCAAGAACGCUGCCAAUGAUGCUGCCAACACAUCUCAAUUAUCCUCAGCCGACUCCAACAGUAUUCUCAAUGAAAUCAAUAACCUGAUUCCCGAUAUUCAAGAGGCACUCAAUGCGCUUGUAGCAAAGAAGUCUACAUUCGCUAACGCAGGGGUUGCUUCAACCGUUAAGGGUGACUUGACGAGUUUGAAAAAGGAAACUGAUGAUUUUGGAAAGAAUCUUCUUGCCAUUUCCUCAUCUGAUGUAGAGCCACAGUUGUCUGCGGCUUUGAAUACGAUUGAUAACGACUUUACCACUGCGCAGGCUGCGUUUUAA